AUGCCCUUCGAGGUCUGCCCCAAGGUGUUCGUCUCUGCAAAGGGGCUUCGCCAACACGUCUUGGUACACACUGGAGAACGGCCGUUCGAGUGCAGCGUGUGCCAGAAGACGUUCGCAAGAGCGGAAUGCCUGAAGCUGCAUCUCCUCAUCCAUACGGCAGAAAAGCCACACGAGUGCGGUGUGUGUCACAAGAAGUUCCGCGUAUCUUGCCAUCUAGUGAGACAUCAACGCAUUCACACGGGAGAGCGGCCGUACGAGUGUACCGUGUGCCACAGGGCGUUCGCGGGAUCUGCCAAUCUGCGGAGUCACCUCCGCACCCACACGGGAGAGAGGCCGUACGAGUGCCCCGUUUGCCGUCUCGCAUUUCGAAAAUAUGACACCCUGUGGACUCACAUGCGGACUCACACUGGAGAAAAGCGGUUCGAGUGCAGCGUGUGCCAGAAGAAGUUUUUAAAAAGUUCGGGUCUGCGAAAACACUUGGUAUCUCACACUGGUGAGAAGCCAUUCGAGUGCACUGCAUGCCACAAGAAGUUCGCCCGAGCUGACAACCUGGCAUCACAUUUCCGAAUCCAUACGGGAGAAAAGCCAUACGAGUGCAAGGUGUGCCACGAGAAGUUCAACCGACCUAGUGCUCUGGCUACACAUUCACGCACCCAUACAGGAGAGAAGCCAUUCUCCUGCAAAAUUUGCCUUCAAAAAUUCGCUUCCAACACGGUACUAAAGAAUCAUAUUUUACGCGAGUGCCAGAGGACUUUGACAGAUUACUCCGCCACAGAGGCGGGUGAGCCCGUCGAGUGCACCGUGAGCGACUCUGAAGCCGACAGUCUCCGGGCGCAUGUCCGAAGCCACCUCACGGGGGAGCUGCCCUACAAGUGCACCGUGUGCCACAAGGAGUUCUCUCAGUCCGGCACUCUGAUGACUCACCUCCGCGCCCACCUAGCAGAGUUGCCGUGACUGCGCGCCGAGGGCAAUUCUCUUCAACUUCAAACUUGAGAGGGGCCGUACUAGCUCGCCUGGUGUCAAUGUAAAGCGUUUUGUAACAUUUAACUAUUAGUUAUUUAUCAGUUUCUGUGAAUUCCAUCACAUUAUUCCAUUUCGUCACUUUAAAAAAAUUAAUUACAUAGUGUAGAAUUGUAUGUACUGAAAAGAAAUGAAUGGAGAGAGAGAAGAGACAGAA